GCUGCAUGACGCGAGUGCGCAAGCAAUUGCAAACGUGCACCCGACCCAAAUCCAGUAAUCGCUAGAAGUGUAUAAAUUCAGAAGCAGUAUUAUAAUAUAUUUAUUGGCGCUCACUGAAACGGCUUGAGCGCCAACGAGGGAGCUUUGUACCUGCUGCUUUUGUAUUGCUUGGUGAUAAGACCGCUGCAAUCAACGUAACAUUUUGCUUAGAACGCGUAUUUUCUGCUUGCACUCCAAGGGCAGCGCGCGCGGCUUGCUUGCUUGGACGUGCUCGCUCAGCAGCCCCAACAGCGGCGGCAGCGCGCGUCUUGCUUGGCGCCCACGCGCGACGUUGUUCCAGCCGCCAGCUACUUGUAUUCCUGCAGCAAAUUCAUAUAUAUUUGCUGGUGCAGCUGGUUGUUCCACAUUGUCAGAAUCGCUUGAUUGCGUGCGUGACGCCCGCAGUGCAUCGGCGUCGGGUGUUCGAGUCCCCACGGCGGCCCGCGCGCAGAACGUCGUCCGCGUCAUCCUGUGCCCGGCUGUUGUCUUGGCUUAUGUUCCUGCUGGCGACAGCACUAGUGAUUCAGCCUCUAUCAGCAGGCAGCAUGCUAGCCCCUGCUGCGGGCAUGCGGCGGCCGCAAGCGCUGCGGCCCGUCGCCGCCGCAGCACGCUGCAACAGCAAAUGGUGACGACGCCACGCACGUACGCGCGCGCUAUGGAAGCAGCUGUGCGGCUUGGGGUUUUAACGCGUUUUAUAGGCACGUCGAUUACUAGCAGCACAUAAUGGGGUAUCGAAAUGCAGCAACCCCAUCCAAGUGAUAAGCUGGAACAUCGUUGCCACGAAGAUGUUGUUGGCGGUGCUGCCGUGCCGGCGCCAGGAGUAGCAGCGGCGGGUGCAGCUCCGACAGCUGCUACAGCUGCAGGUGCAGCAGGUGCGUCUGCAGCUGGUGCGUGCGGCGGCGGCGGCGGAGGCGAUGAACAGCAGCAGCCAGGGCGGCGGCAGAACCAUGAAGAACGGCAAACCGCCGCCGUCGUCGUGGCGUUGGAAGACCAGCCGCACCAACAUCAGCAGCAGGGACCUUCAGAGCGGUGUGUGGCGGGGGAGCCGCCGCUGCUAGCUGCCAAGGCAAGCGCGGAGGCGGCGGGUGAAGUCACUGUUGCAGCCACCGCAGCCGCCGCAACAGCCGCAGCCGCAACGGCCGCCGUAGCAGCAGCGACAUCGACGACAACCGCUGCUGGGCCGUUCGACAACGAUAUUAGUAAUAACGGCGGUAGCGGCGCUCGUAAUGGCUACCGCCGCCGCUGCCGAUGCAUGGGCGGUGCUGGCGGUACAAGCUACUGUCUCAUGCUGCGGCGGGCCGCCGCCGCAGCGCCGCCGACCCAUUUCAACAAUCUCCUGGCGGCGGCGGCGGCGUCACAUGCGGCUAAUGAAUUCGCUGCUGUAGCUGCUGCGGGCUCCUUGCCAGCCAGCGGGGCUGCAGCAGGGGAAAAAGUAGGAAUUCCCGCCCGCGUGCUGUCAGCACCAGCGGCAGCCACAGUGGAGGCAGCCGCAGGAGGAGCAGCGGCAGCACAGCAGCAGUGUGCCCUGCGUGCGGCUGCUGCUGCCGGCGCCUGCGGCGGUGGCGGAGAGCCUUGCCAGCAGGUGCCGCCGGUCAUGAUGAGGCCUGCUGCUGGCGCUAGGCUGCUGACGGUGGCGGGGUCAUGUGGAACCACUGGUUUGCAGCAGGCGCCCUCGCCGUGUGCAGCCGCCGCCGGUAGUAGCAGCAGCAGCAACAUGUUGCGUGCGCGCAUGCAUGCAUGGGCACAGCGGCGGCGCCAGCGGCAUGCUUCCGCAUCGUCGGCGGCGGUGGCGUCAGCGGCGGCGGCGGCGGCGGCGACGGCGGCGGCGACAGCGGCGGCGGCGGCGGCGGCGAAUGCAAUGGCCAAGGAAGUAGCAGGUGGCAGCGUUUGCAUUGCGGCAACAGACAUUGCUGGCGCCAGUGGCGGCGGGCGGCCCAGGCAACCAAACGCUGUUGACGUGAUAGGUGGUGCUUGCGGCUGCGGGUGCGGUGGCGGCUGUGGAAAGGGCGGCGGCGGCGGUGGCGGCUGUGUGCAGCAAGUGCAGCAAUCGUUGCGUCAUGAGGACAGGCGGCAGCAGUGGCCGCUACUGGCCGCAGCAAGAGGCACUGGUGGUGUGUCCCACCAGACAGGUGCUGUCUCCCACGGCGGCGGGCGGGGGUGUCUGCCGCCAUUGCCAACAACCGCUGCCGCCGCCGCGCUCAAUGGUGCUGCGUCUGGUUCUGCUGCUGCUGUUCCUGUCGCUGUCGCUGCCGCCGAGCCACAUUCAGUCAACAUCGCAGCCGCCGGCAGCGCUGGCGCGCGGCCAGCGGCGGCAGUCGCAAUACAGCCGCAGUCGCUCGCCGCGGCGGCGGCAGCGGCAGCAGCAAGCGCACAGCAGCAGCGUGCCGCCCAGCAGCAACGGCGGCAGCAGCAGGAGCGCGAAAGGCAGCAGCGGAGUGCAAAACUGGUGGCGGCGCUGGCGGAGCACACGCGCUUGCGCCACGUGCGCAUGCAGCAGGGGGCAGCAGACGGCAGCAAGCUAACGACACUGCCGCCGCCGGCGGGCGCCAGCGGCAGCAGGCAGGUGCAGCAGCAGCAGCAGCAGCAGCAGCAGCAGCAGCAGCCGGCGGUUGCACGGCUACUGCUGCGGCGGGAUGCUGCUGCGCCGCCAGCAGACAGGGCACUUGCGUCGCCGUUGGCGCAGGCAGCUGCGGCGGCGGCGGCGGCGGUACCACCAAAGCAGCGGCAGCAGCAGCAGGCUCAGGAGCAGCAGGCUGCGGCGGCGGAGGCGGCGCAUCAGCAUGGGGAUCAGCAGGACCGGCGGCAGUUGGAGCAUCAUCAAUCCGACGCCGGUGAUGAGAAGCCGCAGCUGCAGCCAUUAUUGCCGCCGCCGACCCAAGCGCCACAAUCCUGCUGCUGCCAGCCGCCGCCCGCCCCGGCGCUGGCGCUGGCGCCGCCAGCAAACGUACCAGCAGCAGGGGCCCCUGAUGCAGCUGCUGCGGCCAGUAGCGCAGGGCACGCACGGCACCUCGGGCACCAGGCCGGGCCCCUGCUGCUGGGGCCCCUCGAGCACGUAGUGGCAAGACACCAGCCGCCGCCGCAACACCGCCGGCAGCGGCACCAGCAGCAGCUGCAACACACACGCCGCCGCCACUGGCCCUGGAUGGAGGCGCCCGCGGCGGCGGCACAGCAGCAGCCUGCUGCUGUCACUGGUGCAGCAGGGCCGCAAACGGUGAGGCCGUUGGCAGAGCUGCCCAACGCCCGCGCAGUCGCAGCCCGCGCAGCCGCUGCCCGCGCAGCCGCAGCAGCGGCAGGAGCAGGCGGCGGGGGCAAUACCGCAUCCAAUGCUGGGAACGGUGUCGUCGGUGACGUCGGCAGGACCCUCCAGGCCCAAGGUCUGCGGCGGGAGCGGCAGCAGCGGACGCGCUCGCUGUGGGAUUUGUACGGUGGCGAGAUAGACGGCGGAGAAGCAGGCGGCGGGUCGGAUGGGGCUGCUGGGGCUGCUAGUGGCAGUUCUCGAGGAGACGACAGCGGCGAACAGCUGCCGCCACCGCCUCGGCCGCCGCAGCAGCCGCAGAUCAAGCGGGCACGGAUAGCUGCUCCGGUGCAGCAGUGCAGACCAGCAGCAGUGGCCGUAGCAGCAGCGGGUUGGGGUGCCGCUGCUGCUGCGCACAGUAGUGGUGCCGGUGCCGGUGCCAGUGCCGGUGCCGGUGCCGGUGCCGGUGCCGGUGCCGGUGCCGGUGCCGGUGCCGGUGCCGGUGCCGGUGCCGGUGCCGGUGCCGGUGCCGGUGCCGCCAGUGCCGGUGCCGGUGCCGGUGGUGGGGCUGCUGGUUUUGCCACCACCAGCGCAUCAGGCACACGCACAGCACCGCCGCUGGCGAACGUAAGCAUACAGGGCGGCAGCAGUGGUGGUGCCGCUGGCGGCAACGGUAGUUCGGGCCGUGCUGCUGCUAGCGGCGGUAACGGCCACCGCGGCAUUCAGCGCCAGGGAGGGGCCAGGGCAGCACCAGGUGGCGAAGGUGGUGGUCGCGGGGGCAGGCGAUCCGGCGGCAGCGCGGCAGCGGCGGCAGGUCCCUACUCAUUAGCAGCAUCAGCUACGGCUGCGGAUGGCGGCGGCAGGGGCCGCAGAGGCAGCAGAGGCAGGGGCAGGGGCAGGGGCAGCCACAAACAGGCGGCAGGCAGCACGGCGGGGACCAGCAGGGAGGUGGGCCAGCAGGAGCAAGGCCAAAAAAAGGCGGAGGAGGAGGAGGAGGAGGAGGAGGAGGAGGAGGGAGAGGAGGAGGCGGAGGCGGACGAGGAGGAGGAGGAGGCGGCGGAGGAGGCAGCGCGGAGCAGUGCCCGCGGCCGCUACGUCGGCGUCAUACAGCGCCCCAAUGGUCGCUGGGGCGCGCAGAUCCGGAUGGUGUGUGAGGGCAGCCAUUACACGGUCUGGCUGGGCACGCACGACACGGCGCGAGAGGCGGCGCUCGCGUACGAUGCGGCUGUACGGCGGAAGUACGGCAGCCAGGCUCGCUGCAACUUCCCAGAUGAGCAGUAGCUAGCGCCUGGGGCAACCUCAUGAAGGUUAAGGGCUCGUCAUACGCAGGCUGACAACACGGCACACCACCAUGGGGUCAACAUCUGAGGGACACACCGUGGGCCCCAUCGGGCGGCUGCUGAGUGUGUCAUGCCACACGCUGUAGCAAAUGUACAAUCUAAUCACGCCACGCAUGCACAAGUACAACGCAUGCAUGCCCAAUCGGUUACAUGGGAUAUGGACUUGAAAAGCGGAUCACUGAAUGUUUUUGUGCCUAGCAAUCAAAAUUGCUGCUGGUUACCGUUGGAUGCGCGCGCGCGCGUAUACGUACGGUUUGGUGCCAUGUCGGAUGAUUUGGUUGCGGGACUUGCGGCAGUCGCUUUGGUGCUUGGCGCGGUGUGCCUUGCGUGGCCAACAACUCGUGCUAUUCCGUACAUUCUCUGUGGGCUAGUAAAGUAAUCACUGUCGUGAUGGAAGUUCGGAGUAAUGUGGUUUGGGCGCGCGGGCAUCCAAAUGGUUGCCCCAGCCAUGCAUUGCAGGAGGGAAGCUUCAGGCUGUGUUACUUCAACAUGUUUUACGGCAUAAUAAGAUCUGAUAGGCAAGGGAUUGCCUGAUAGAAUGGCAGUAACGCGUGUGCUAUAACGGUGCCAAGACUGCAUGAAUGACUGAAGGGCUUGCUGCGUGCGGAGCAGACCGCAGGAGAAGGACACCAACAGCUUGCGAAGCUACAAACCCAUAAUGCUCGUGCACAAUGCGUAGGCAAUUGUGCCGUACAGUACAGGGCAUGUGCCGUGAUGCCAACUUGGCAUCAUUUGUCAAAUUUGAGAAUGGGAAAGGCUGGAGGCAAGCUGACAUGAUGAGUUGCUUGCCUAUGUAUAGAAUAGAAUUGAAAUGGCGGUCGUAACAUUUGGCGGUCCGGCCACUGAGGGAGAGUUAAUUGCAGGGGCACCCCUGGUAUGUGUUGCCACAUGCAAUGGAGAAAGAGAACAAGAGAAGAUGUUGGAGGGUGGUGUCAGGCCAGCCCACACAUUAAGAGAUUCGGGGUGCAGGGCCUCGUACGUAGUAUUGAGAUGGUGGCCAGAACGCGCGCGUGGUGGAUGUGGCAUAUUGCUUAGCACCUGAUGAACCAUAUAGCAAAGGAGUCACAGGUUGUGGGAUGAGGUUUGGUGAUGAGGUUCUUGGCGAGAUGGCAAGAUGGUGGGAUGGUGCGAUGGUCGGAUGGUGAUAUGGAGAGAUGGUGAGAUGGUGAGAUGGUGGGAUGGUGCGAUGGUGAUAUGGGGAAAUGGUGGGAUGGUGAGAUAGCGAGAUAGAUGGUGAGGUGGUGCAGUUGUGGUGGAGGUGGCAGAGAAUUUGUGACGAUGCGUGAGACUGGCCUUGUCCAUUACGCAUUUAUAGUUCAUCUUCGUUCAUUGAAAGGUCAUGGGUGGUUGUGCAGAGAUGGAAUGUCCAUGCGGGGGCUGAGAUGAGGAGUAAAAGAAGAUAGAGACGGUGAUGGGCUUCAGCAGGAGAGGAACUAACUACACGGUGUUAUGAUUGCGAGCGGGAUGAGAUUGGGAAUGGUGCGCUCGAAGCUUGAAAGAUGAGAAACUAAGGAAGUGUAAGUUAUCUUCACUAUACCGGUAUGGGAGGUACACUGAAGGCACGACUGAAGGUACAUCAUGCAGGAAUGCUUGUACCCGUUGUCCUUGCACAUGUGCCUGCAUGGGAUGUUGGGGGUAGCGCCAGCCCACAGAGCUCACCCCUGGGAUGUUGGGGGGUCAUUUCUUGUGACCACUGGCUUUGUGGGGAGAAAUUGUCACGCUUUGCCCCACUGAUCCCACUGAUCCCACUCGCUAGUGCGGGAGCUUGGUGUGGGGUAGCGGGAAAGGCGGGCGCGUGGUGUGUGCGGCGGGUACGGCAUUAUUAUUUGGCAUAUUGCUGGCAGGUAGGCACGCAGCAGUUGCCGGGUACACAGCUCGUGCGGGGCGAUUGCCUGGUCUGGCAAACCUUGCUUGGCCGCCUGUGGUCGGUGUGUGACGCCCAGUGAUGCGUGGCUGUUGCCGGACAGGACACGAAUGCAGAGACAGGCGGGUGGAACUAUGAAUAAAGGCAGGGCAAAUGAGGUGCACGGUGAUGUGGCUAGUCGGCCGUCUCAGCCGUCAAGGGUGGAGCCGACCAAGAGCGCAUAUCUGAGAUCGACCUGCUGAAGUAGUGCAUUCUUCAUCAUACCACUAGACCAAACUCCCUCCCCUCUCAUGGACAAUAAGCAAGCGCUCGCAAACACCACACAGAACACGCGCACUGGUGCUGGGGGCUGUGGCGGGCACAUGGGGGGCGCGGCGGGGCAAGGGGGCGGUCCAGGGAUUGUGAGAUCAUGAUUCUUGUGAGGCCCGACACGAGAGAAGAUAUACACAGGGCCCUGUGACGACGGCGCUGCGUAAGAUACCUGCCGGUCUGCUUGAACUCUUGUCGGCACUCCGCUAAAUUGCUGCACUGCACACGCUGGCGCAGGUGUGCACACGCACGUGUA